GCCAUCCUGCAGUUCCAAAGGUGAGACGAAGAAGAAGCUAAAAGAAAGCCAACUCUCCAGCUCCGACGCCUUCAAUACUUCCUUUACUAGUCUCAACAAACUCCGACAUUCCGUUAAGAACGCAUACAACCUGAUAACAAUCUUAAACACAUGUUAUCGUUCUUUAUAGUGUUUCAACAUUACUAUAACAUUAGCUGUUUUGGCUCGGUCGCAUUGCUAGUGUUAGCUUCACAACCGGAAGCUAGCCGUUACAGCUGUUCAACAUUGCUUUUAGCUUCCUUUUUCAAAGCAAACUCGUGACAAACUUUUGUUUUUUAGGGUUUACAUAAACUCUAACCUCGACAAUGUGUGCGUUUUGAAGUCGCCUCCUGUAUCUACCUGUUGUUUUUUUUAGUCGACUGGAGCUAUAUUUAAAUGGCCACCGCCGCCCCCCCUCCUCCGGCGGCUGCCUCCACCGGAGCCGCCGAGAGCGCCGGUCCGGGAUCCAGCAGCGCUGCGGCAGCGGACGGAGGCAACCAGGACAGCACUUUUGAGUGCAACAUUUGUCUGGACACCGCCAAGGAUGCUGUGAUCAGCCUGUGUGGACACCUCUUCUGCUGGCCUUGUUUGCACCAGUGGUUAGAGACGCGACCCAGCAGGCAAGUGUGCCCAGUGUGCAAAGCCGGUAUCAGCAAGGACAAGGUCAUCCCCUUAUAUGGGCGAGGAAGUACUGGUCAGCAGGACCCCAGAGAAAAAACACCCCCACGACCACAAGGGCAAAGGCCUGAGCCAGAAAACCGCGGCGGAUUUCAGGGAUUCGGUUUUGGAGACGGAGGGUUUCAGAUGUCCUUUGGAAUUGGUGCUUUUCCCUUUGGUAUUUUUGCCACAGUCUUCAACAUAAACGACGGCAGACCACCUCCAGCAGCUGCCCCGGGGACGCCGCAGCACACGGACGAGCAGUUCUUGUCUCGACUAUUCAUCUUGGUCGCUGUGGUCACCAUGUUUUGGCUCCUCAUAGCAUGAACACUUGUAAGGACCGCCGCCAAUGGAACAUUUAGAGACUUAACAGUUGCUUCACACCCUAAACAGCUAUGCUAAUCUCAGCAAUCAUAAUGAAGACUGACACAAGUGAUAGACUGACACAAACUGAUAACAAUGGUGAAGUGUUCCAUUCAGACAGUGCAGUUUCUACUUGGUGUUGAAUUGUACCAGAAUCUUUAAUCCAGAGUACAGAUGGGCGAGAUGGCCUAAAAUCUAUAUAGCCAAAUAUUUUGCAGCCUUCUGCAAUAACGAUAUAUAUCACCAAAGAUUAUUUGGUGUAAAUGAUUAAGGUUGUUUGAUAUAGGCCCAUUUUGAAAUGGUUCAAUUAUCAUUUUAGUCUUUUAGAUGAGCCAUAAGCCACUUUUCUGUUAUCAGUAAAGAAAGAAGCCUUUGAUUUAUAAUCAUUAAAGAUGCAUGCAUUGAGUUUUUUAAUGAAAUUUAAACAAGAACCAGUUGCCCACAAAGACAUUUUCAUUUAUAAAAGCUGAUAAAGUUGCGUUGCAUCCUAUUUGAGCUAUGACGCUUAAACUCAAAUUAAUCAUUUUUUAUAAAUAUAAUACCUUUUAAUUUUUGUCAUUUACAAAUAUUAACUCUUGUCAGUUUUGUUUUGAAACAAUGCUUUAAUCUGCCAUAUUUGACAGUUUGUUUCAAAGUCCAAUGUGUUUCUAAAGAAUGUUCUUUAUUGUGCAAAUGAUGCUCCCAGGCUUAAACCACGACUAUGUUUGUGCUUUAAAAAUGAACCAGAGUAUAAGGCAAAUGCAAUAUGUCGGACAAGUGCAGAGUUACAAUGUGUGAGUAGACAAAGUGCACAAAAGUUGCAGCUCAUAAAUAAUAAAGCUACAAAGCCCAGUAGGGAUUACUAAAAACAAGCUGUUAAAAUUCCAACAUCAGGACUUUCAAUACCGCCCGAAUGCGAGCUGAGUUAGGCUCCAGCACCCCCCGCCACCCCGAAAGGGAUAAGCGGUAGAAAAUGGAUGGGAUGGAAGAUUCCAAGGAGCCUCAGUCGAGAUGCUUCUUCUCUCGCCGCUCCACCUGUUCCAUGUUGAACUCCGCCUCGUACAUGAUCUGCUGGAUCUUCAUCUUGGUCUCGCAUCUCCUCUGAGGAGCCAGUCUCUUGAGCGCAGGGACGAAGCUCAACAGGAACAGUUCGUCCUCGUCCCGAGGCCUGCUGGGAAGCGACAGGCCGCUUUCUUUCGCCGCCCAUUUUGGCGGCGACGCCUCGCUUAAGGGAAGGUUCUGUACCGGCUGCCGUUUUCGCCUGCUUUUGCCCAUCUGAGGAGGCAUGUUGGCCGUGCGGGUGUCAGGAGAGGAGAGACUCCUGAUGAGCACCGCCAGAGACUUGGUGUCAGCUUGACCCCCGGUGCUUUUAGCGAUGGGUGGCGUCCUGGCCUUCUCUGAGGGCGUCGUUUCACCUUCGUGCUCGCCAUUGUCGUCGUCGUCGUCAUCGCACACUUCCGCCACUCCACUGUUGGAUCCGGUAAACGGAGCGAUGAAGUUCAUGCGUUGUCUGUACCUCCAUUUGCUUUGGCUCGGCUCCCCUUGCUUCUUGUUGCGGAUCUCCAGGCGGACUUCUUUUAAGUAGCGGUCUCUCAAGUUCUUCCAUUUCCUCUUACACUCGUCCACUAGAGAGAGAACAUUUGCAAGAAAAAUGACCAAGAAGUAGGAUCGCACGUACUUGAGGCAAAAUGGUAGUACAGUACUGGGCUGCAACCAGUCGUUUCCAACAUGUUUAUCCCUGCUGAUUGCUUCCAGACAUUACCAAAAUAAAUGAGAUUAUAGGAAUCAAUAGAAAUUAAAUAUACAGUGCAGGCCAAAAGUUAUUCUCCUCAUUCAAUGCGUUUUCUUUAUUUCCAUGACUAUUUACAUUGUAGAUUGUCACUGAAGGCAUCAAAACUAUGAAUGAACACAUGUGGA